AUGGAGGCCUGGGUGCGCUUCAGCGCCCAGAGCCAGGCCACCGGGAGCGCCUCCUCAGGUGCGGCCGCGGUUCCGCGGGCAGGGGAGGGGGGUCACGGGGGUCCCGGGGCGGAGAGGCGAUCCCAGAGAACGGGGCGUCCCCGGGCCGCCCAGUACGCCUGUGUGUUGGCCGGGGCUGCGCUGAGCCGCUCCGGGGGCAGCUCCGGGACCCUGAGCCGGCUGCAGCAGCUGGAGGCGCACCUGAGCCUGGGCCGCAAGCUUCUGCGUUUGGGGGGCUCUGGGGAGGAUCAGUGCUGCGUUUGGGGGCUCUGCCGAGGCCCUGGGGGCGCCCAGCGCUCGCUGCACCUCCCCGACCCCGUGCUGCGCUUCUGCCUCACCCUGUCCCACCUGAACCGCGCUCUGUUCCUGGCCUGCGACAACGUCCUGUGGGCCGGGAAAAGCGGCGUCCUGCCCGGCCUGGCCAUGGAGAAAUGGAGCCAGAGGUCCUUCAGGUACUACCUGUUUGCCCUGGUGGUGAACCUGAGCAGGGACGCCUACGAGCUGCGGCUGCUGCUGGAGCGCGCCGGCGCCGCCCGCAAGCGCGGCCGCAGCGCCGAGAGCCGCGCCCAGCCCUGCGCCCAGGGCCGGCUGCAGCAGCUCCGGCUGCAGCUGCAGCUCCAGCUGCACCUCCUGCUGCAGGUGCUCAGGGACAACCCCCCGCUGCUGCUGGACCUGCUCAGGAACGCCUGCGACCUGGUGAUCCCUGGAGAGGCUGGGGCUGUGCAGGAGCAGCCGGCGGUGGUGGGGUUCUGUGGGCUCAGCUCGUCGCUGCUCUCCAUCAUCACCAUCCUGCACCCCUGGCUCAAGCUCAAGCCAUGAAUUUCUUGGGAAUUUCGGGGAUUUUGGGGGGUUUUGGCUCCUCUAGAAGUGACUGGCUGGUGCCAUUUCCGUUAUUCCUGACUCCUGGAGCCACAAAGCUCCAGAAUUGGAUGCAGCAAUGGAUCCCGCAGGGACAUCAACUCCCAAAAUGUGUUUUUUUUCCCCAUUGACUUUUAAGGAAAAAAUAGGGUAAAAUGUUCCCCCUUUCUGCCUGGGAGGAGCCUUUCACGUGGAACAGCUAAUGGGAAUAUUUGGGGUUGGAAAAUGUGGGAUUUGGGGCUGGAAAGUGUGGGGUUCUGUGGGCUCAGCUCCUCUGUGUUCUCCAUCAUCACCAUCCUGCACCCCUGG